AUGCCAGAACACAGAUACACCGCUUUCGUCCCACAACUACUCCUGCAAAUGCAGAACCUUCUCACUUCGAAUGCGACAAAUCUUCCAUCAUCGUGCGACGAAGAGCUCGCGGACGAAGCAGAUGAGCCCCCGGAUUUACAGUACCCGUAUCAUUCCGAGGGUAGAGAGUUCAUUAAGCACACAGUUCGCCACACACAUACUACAGAAUCACUUCUCACACGCGCACUCCUCACCACCCCCGAGUCGAUUCCUGUAAAUCGGUAUCGAGGAAACCUCAAGAGAGGCAUGUCCACUGAUUCAACUUGGAGCAACACCAGCAUCUCGACAGCGGACCUGACAAGCGAUGAGGGCAUGACCAGUCCUUCUCGCUGUAGCACUCCAAGUCCACCACCGCCCCUUUUCUUUCAGGGAUUUGCCAACCUACUCCUCAGCAAAAAGGACCAGAUGGAAACAAAGGAGCAAAAGGUUGAGGUUGUUGGUGAGGCUGUCGAGAGUUCGGGAAGAAAGAGAUGCAUCACAUUUGCAUGUUCAGACAAGCUUACUCCCCAGAAGCCCACACCAGUACGACCAGCACCGACAGAGGCGUCAGGGACCGAUUCAGAUGCUGCCCCCAAGAAAGGCUGCAUGUUGAAGUUCGUAUGUGCCCAACGUGGAGAGGAUGAAAAAAAGACUACAAUCCGCUCCCCGCCGCCCCGGUCAGCCUAUGGGCCGAGUUGUACUAGCCCAUUCGCGCAGAAGGCAUCUGUCCUGCCAUCAUCCAUCCCGAAACGUUCCACAAACUUCCCAGAUAAGUUUUACGAGUUUGCCAGCUCAGUCGAUGAUAGAUCUGACUCUUGGACGAAUCAACCCAUUGACAAAAGUCGUCUCCUGAAGGUUGAUGACUUAUUGAAGAAGGAGUUGGACAUUCGAAAGUUGAGUCAAGAGGCAGAGGAGGAGGCGCUGGAGGAGGAGGAGGCAGAGCAAGACUUGGAGGAUGCGGACCAGGAUGAGGAUGAGGAUGAUGAGGGUGAGGAGGAGAUGGACGAUGAGUACGAUGAUGAGUAUGAUGAAGAUCACGACGCAUUGAGUGGGAAUGAAAGCGAUAACGAAGAGGGGUUUGCUUCAGACGACGACGAUGAUGAUGAUCAAUUUUUCAAUUACGGAUCCAGACCCAUCACGAUGUCCCCGCAGAUCAAUCGCCCUCUUUGUUGCCGUACUUCAUCUGGGUCUUCCAUCGAAUCAAUGAUGAGGCCUCGCAUCACCCCUCCUCUCGAGCGUCGUCCUCGCACUCCUGAGUUGCCUGAUAGUACCGAUUUUGUUUGUGGUACUUUUGACGAAGACAAACCGCUCGAAGAGGCGUAUGUUUCGUGUAUGGAGGAACGGAAGCGCUCAAAGCAUAUCCCCACCCCUCAAGACAUUGAUCCUAGUUUUCCAACUUCCGAUCCGGAGCUUUCGGAAGAUGAGGAUCAUUCCAAAUCUAAUGAGAGUGAGGCUGGCUUUCGCUUCAAGACCAAUUGGAGUGGAAGUUCAGUUGAGGGCAACCGAAGAAGGGGUCGACGCAAUGAGAAAGUUCACCCGACUCGGAAGAAUAUGUCUCCUGCUCCUGUAAUGAAGAAUAGGGCUCAUUCACCUGCACCUGUUCGACGUACUGCCGCUCAUUCACCGGCGCCGGUACGUCGGAUUCAGUCUCCACCACCACCUAAGCAUCGUCCUACGAUGAACUUCCAGUCGCAACCGGGUAUCUACCGGACUAAGUCUCUCCCGCGCAUUCCUGGGUUCUUGCACCGCAAGUGUAGUCGCACCACAUCUACCGGAACCUCACCUAAUACCUCUGCUGUUAGUCCUGUCAUCAGGCGUCGGGGUGCCAUUGAUAUCGUCAAAGGUUUGGAGAAGAAGCGAGAGAGAAGGCAACGUCUCUGUAGAGUGAGAGACGGUGAUUGCCGCGCUGGGCAAGGAGUUGAGAAAAUGAGGGAGCUUGGAUUAGAGAUCUGUGGUAAAGGGAAAGGCAGGACACAGGCGCAGUGGGUAAUUUCUGCUUGA